UCGGUUUGUACUUGUGUUUAUAGGAAAUCGUGGUCAGUGAGGCAUAUGAAUCCUUGUCUGCUAGUGAGUAGCUCUAAAGAAUUAUUUAUAAUUUCGGAUUUCUAUCUGGGUCUGGAACACAGCCUGGUGCUGACCGACACAUCUCAGGUAUACGUAUUUGGUGCAAACAUUUGGGGACAAUUGGGAUUGGGGUAUCGAUCGGAAGAGCCGGUUUCUGUACCUCACCAACUGUUGUGCCUUUCGGGCCUACCGAUCCGAUGUAUUGCUGCCGGUGGUCAUCAUUCCGUGGUCUUGACCAUGAGCGGUAGCCUAUUCACCUGGGGUGCAAAUAAGCAUGGACAACUAGGUCUUGGCCCGGUGGAAACGGUUGGUCCGACAACAAACGAGCACUACGGCGGCCGAUCCUCGAUUGAGGGAGCACAGAAACAUUUGUUAUGGGUACGACUGUUAUGCCUAACGUCAACCGGGUUUUUGUUGGAGGAUGCACCUCUAGCGUUUACACAACCAAAUAUGACUUACCAAGUUGUAAGGCCUUUUCGCGGUGACGUAAUUGCAUUUAAACCGCCAUCGAAUCAAAAAUAUAAUCUCAUCCGUCCGGUUUGCCGAAACUGUUUUACACACAUGGAUGAAACUGCGAUCCACCGUUCCGCCUACCAAACGGUUCCCUGCGUGUGGCCGCUGCACACACAAGCAACUUCAUGUAGCUACGAGCAGGCGACUGCAAAUAAGGCGCGCUGCGGUAAGCGACCGUCGGACAUACGCAAAACAUGUCCUAACCAACGGAGCCCACUGAGCUGGAUUCGAUGCGCUAGCGAGUUCUUGGUCGAUGCAUUCCCAAACACCCGACGACUUACUUUUAAGUUACUAACCCGCUCACUCCAUCCCACUUGGGCCAGACUACGUAAGUAUCGAUUGUCGAAAACCACUAGGAGACGGAUGUUUUCUACCGCAAAUUCAAGGUCUCACAGCCGUAAAGCAGAACUGAUCGUAUAA